CUUUUGUUUGGUGGCACAUAAGAAUGCUCAGUCCUGUUAGUGGGCAAGGUGGGGUUGAGUUGCUGAUAUACUUGCCCAUGGAAGCCUCUGCAAUUAGUCCCUCUGCUCAGCUCUCAUUUUUCUCCUACAGACCCGAUAGAACCAGAGCCUAUCCUUCUCGACCAUGGAAACAAAGGAUUUCUCAACCCACUCGAGUUCAUUGUCAGAAGAUGUAUGUCGGUGGUUUUGGAGAAGCAUCACCAGAAGCCAAGGCAGCCAAAAACAUCCACAACUUCUUCACCUACAUUGCAGUUAGGAUUGUCACUGCGCAGCUUCAGAGCUAUAACCCUGAGGCAUACGAGGAAUUGAUGGAGUUUUUGAGCAGACACUCAUUGAGUGAUGGAGACAAGUUCUGCUCAGAUUUGAUGCGCGAAUCCUCAAGGCAUAAAGGCUUAGCAUUGCGCAUUUUAGAGGUUCGAUCUGCAUAUUGUAAAAAUGAUUUUGAGUGGGACAAUUUGAAGCGGUUAGCUUUUAAGAUGGUUGAUGAAAGUAACACGGGAAUUAUGAGGGAUUAUGUCCUGGAAACCAGUCAUUCGGAAAGCUAGAAGUGAUCAAUCUCUACACCAUUCUGGGUAUGUGUGUAUAUUGUAAUACAGCACUCGUGCAAUGUGAUAUAUUGUGAUAUGCAAAAUGAAUAACUCAGACAUACCUGUAUCACUUUCAUUCCACAUCCCCAUGAUAAGUCUGAGAUGACGAUGUAUGAGAACUCACUGUCACCAUUCUCCAUUGAUCAAGGUUCUAGAGUUUAAAUGGUAAAAAAAUGAUUAGAUUUCUAA